GCUGCAUCACUGAGUCCCAGCCCAAGUGAGCUCAUGGGGCUCAGCUGGAUGCCGCGAGGUAGUGCAGACACGAAAUGAAGACAACUGUCAUGGAAAGUCUAAGAGGGACGCUUGUUCCGCGGGCGGCCCGGACAAUGAAGAAUUGGCAUGCCACCCCCUCUCUCGCCCCCCAGCUGAUGCCAAGCGGGCGGCCGGCAGCCGGCAGAUGAAUAGCAGGUCUGUUCCAGCAGCUGCGCUUCCCGGUCCAGUGACGGGAGAGGCUCCGGGAGCGCAGAGUUCCUGGCUACUUGUGCUGUCUGUGGAGGGAGAGACCCGAGGGCAAGAGGAUGGCCUCAGAAGGGGAGAGCAUCAACCUCCAAGGCGUGAAUCCUCAUCUCAGGAUUAAUGGUCCGAUGAAUAUCAACCACUACGCAACGAAGAAGAGCGUGGCAGAGAGCAUGCUGGAUGUGGCGCUUUUCAUGGCCAACGUCACCCAGCUCAAAGCAGUGCUGGAGCAGGGGACCUCCUUUCAGUAUUAUGUCACCCUGAUUGUGCUCAUCAGCAUCUCUCUCUUCUUCCAGGUGAUGAUUGGGAUUCUCCUCAUCAUCACCGCUCGUUUGAACCUGAAUGAUGUGGCAAAGCAACCCCGCCUGAAUAUCCUCAACAAUGCUGCCACAGCUCUUAUCUUCAUCACAGUCAUCCUCAACAUCUUCAUCACGGCCUUUGGAGUGCAGAAGACUGGCCUCUACCCUACCAGGAAUUACAGAGAACUUUAUUAAGUCAUGGGGCAAGGGAGUCAGGAUAUGGGCAGUGCAACUGAUGGGGGAAAGCUCUGACCUCAGCAGAAUCCCGUCAUCCCAACGAAUCCAGAGAACUGGGUUAAACUUUCAAAAUU